AUGAAUGCAACAACCACGACUCCCCAUACACCAACAGCAAGGAAGUAUCCCACGAGCUCGCAGGGUUCUUCUACCAGUCAGCAGAAGGGCACGACCACACCCUCUGGGAUCCACAAAUCGCCGACAAUCCAGCAAGCUUCCAAAGUUGUAGGAUCCAAUACUCCUCUUAAGGCGCAGCAAGGAUCCAACACAGUACCCUCAGACGCGCCCACUCCAGCACAGAAGAGGAAGUGGGAGGGCGCAGAGUGGGCUGGGAAGCUUACUUUGCCAAAGAAGAGAUCUCGUGGAGGCAAGAACCAGGGAGCGGACGUUCCGAUGGCUCAAAUGCUACCACAGAAGAAGCCGCUGACUGAAGACGGGGAGUCGAACAGCGAGACUCCGAACCCAGUAUCAACAACAAAUCCGUCAACAACAACGAAGUCAUCAACACCAUCCCAAAUGUUUAUUCCGGCCCAAGAACUCCAAGUACCAAACGCCAACACCACCGCCCACUUCCUGUUCACCUGUGCAAUCCACAACGCACCAUCUCUCAUCCCGAACAGCCCCUACAGCAACCCCAUAUCCUCAUUGCACGUCGAUAACAUCGCCAACGCCAUGUGGCAAGUCGCCUUCGCUCAUCAGGACGGGGUCAUGCUUCAGCAAGUGUGCAUGUACUGCGCCAUGUACAGCGAGUUGAAGUUGAGAGCGUUGGCGAAGUUGAAUUUCCUGCCCAGCUGGUGGUUCUUGCGGGAGAUGGCGGUGUGCGAGUUACACGGGCAGGGGUGGAUGGUCGACGACGCUGUUAUGCAGGGUACUUGGGUGACUGCGGUGGCAUAUUGUCAGAAGAUCAUGGGCGCUCAGGGAAAAACGGUCGCGAGUCAUGGGGAGCAUGUUAUGGCGUGGAAGGUUGAGCAGUGA